AUUUAUCCAAGGUUUACACGGGUAGCUGCUCAUUCUAUACAGGUGGAUCUUAGAGGCACGGCGUUGGGUAAAUGCAGGUAUAAAAUAGCAAGUGUAAAGGAUCUUCUCAGCUUUGCAAGAACGCAAUUUUCUCCCUGAAAACAAGCCUUCAUCAACAACAUGAACUGUUCUGAAAUGGCCGUAUCCAUGUUAUCUACUGGACAGGUGCCCCCGUCCCUACCUCCAGGGUCUCCUGCCAUGUCCCGGGCAGACUGUGUCUCUCUGUGUUUCAUCAGUGCAUACUGUACCACCAUGUUCUACAACAAGGACACCAAGUCUUGUAACCUCAUGGAAGGCUUCAAUCAGACACAACUGGUUGUCACGUCCGAACCAGUAGAGCAUCUCGUAUUGGGCAAAGCUGCUUGCCCGAUCAAGUCAGGCUACUUGUACAACCGGAGACUGAAAAUGUGUUACAAGAAGCACAUCGACCCUAAAGUAUGGAGCGACGCCAAGACCUCAUGCUCAGCAGUUGGCAGCUACCUUGUCAUCAUCAACAGCGCUGAACGGAACCAGUUCAUGUACGACAUUGCUGCAGAUAUCGGUCAGUUUUGGACGAGCGGACAUUUACUGGGAUCAUCCUGGACAUGGGGAGACAACUCAUCAAUUGCUGAGCCCACAUUUUGGAGCCCCGGGGAACCGGAAGAGAAUCGCCCAACCAGUAGAUGUCUCACCUUCUAUGACUUGAACCUCUCCAACAGCUGGCACUGCGGGAAUGCAGUCACCCAUGGCAUAUGUCUGUGAAAUGCCAAUGAGUAGAUUACCAUUAACAGACAUGGGGUGAUCGGCCAUUAAAUAUACCAGUACCACCAACGAUACCGUUAUUUCUAAAACGUCUUAAGCUACUGAUAUACUGUCUUUCCCAUAUAUAUCCAAAUCCCAUAUUGUAAAGUAAUAACUUAAGUUUUGAUACCCAGUUUGUUUUUCCAUGGCUAGCAUCUAACAAUAAUAAGUUAUAGCACUUUCUGGGCAAACGAGAUGCUGGCAUAUUCAACAGUUUAUAGCACAACUUGAAGUACAUAGGGAAAAAAGAUCGUAAGUCCCUGUUUCUGUAGAGAGCUAUCGUUUGUUGAUUUUGUUGCCUAAGAUAGACAAAUGUAAUGACAGCCGUACUACCAAGUCAGCACUUGCUGAGCAUCAACUUGAUGUAGGUAUUGGGUAUCUAUGGCGAUUUGUGAGAAUAUAUAAGUUGUAUACCAUAAAUCGACUCUGUUGUCACAGAUGACACAGCUUCUAAGCAUGCUACUUACGCAUAUCGCACAAAAUGGUCAUAAAAUAGAAACCAAUAAACAAUUUCCAUAAUCUAACUUUUGGUAUUGUGUAUUGUGUAUUUGUUCAGUGAUAGGGUCACCGUACGUCACAUACGCUGUUAUGAAGAAGAACUGUUUGAGAGGCAUUCUGGAAGUUGUGAGCAAAAGGAAUAACUUGCAAUAGGCAUGCUUGAAAAGGUAUAUGCAUCCUAUACCGAAACGCCGCUUUUGUACAAGAAAGAAGUUGAUCAUCCAUAAUGUUAUGAAGAAACGUUACACAUUGUGCCUGUAGAAUCAGUAAGUAGCAUGGAUGUGGUUAUAUUUAGACUUGUGUGUUAUUUAGAUGAAUGCUACAACCAAAAGCAUCUUCAGUGACCCUGAGAAUAUUACAGAAUGAUCUGGAAAGAUUAUUCCAGAAUCGCCUUCCUUAGUGGUAAAGAAAUUUCCAGCAUUGUGUUCUGGUGCAUAAAAGGCUAGCUGGCUCAUCUCAAUUCGCCACAAGACCAGCAUUACAUGCGAUGAUCAUAUCCCCACAAGCCCUAGUUGCAGGUGGGUUAUUAUUUCUGACAGGAGAAUAUUACCGUCUUUGUCUUUAUUGCCAUAAUCAGUGCUCUUGUAUUAUGUUACCUCUGAUUUUGUGCUGUCAUAGUUGUGUACUACCAUAGUGAUACCUUUGUAUUGAAUUGUACUGAUUUGUGAAAACUGUCAUUUUUAGAAUACAAUUGUUAAUGACAGCAUA